CGCCGCCCCGGCAUUGCUGUCAGAGCUGGAGGAGAGUAGAGGAGAGAGGACCUUCACUUAGAGGAGAGAGGACUUCAGAACGAGCAGAGACCAGCCUCAGGACAAAGUGUGCCAAUAGCCGCUGCGUUUUGCCCUAACCCAACCACCCACUCUGAAGUCGCGUUAAAUAUGUCUAAUAUCGUCUGCUGUAAAACGCCUCAGGUUAUAAUGUACGACCAACACAGAAAAAGUACAAGUCUAUAGCCAACGGGAUCCCAAGGACUUGAUUAGUCACUCAAGCCUGCUAGUUUGUUGUGUGGCUGCCCCCCUGGUCCUCGUCACUCCGGCCUGGCUCGUCUCCUACCAUUGCUUCUGACCCCUCACCCCGUCCGGCUGAAGAACUCUGGGCGCCUUUGUUUGGCUACCUUCCCUUCAAAAGCCUUUCUCUGGAUUUACGUGCAUCUUUAUUAGCAAAAAUGAUUCCCAACGGUUAUUUGAUCUUUGAGGACGAGAGUUUCCUGGAUUCCACUGUGGCAAAGAUGAACGCUCUGAGGAAGAGUGGUCAGUUCUGUGAUGUUAGACUACAGGUGUGCGGUCACGAGCUGAUGGCCCACCGUGCUGUGCUGGCCUGCUGCAGCCCCUAUCUGUUUGAGAUCUUCAACAGCGACAUCGAGCCCCAUGGCGUUUCCCACGUCACCUUUGAGGACCUGGACCCCGCUGCGGUGGAGAUCCUCCUCCACUACGCCUACACGGCCCAACUGAAGGCCGACCAGGAGCUAGUGAAGGAGGUGUACUCUGCAGCCAAGAAGUUCAAGAUGGAUCGAGUGAAGCAGAUCUGUGGAGACUACCUGAUAUCCAAGAUGGAAUCCCAGAACGCCAUCUCCUUCCGGAACUUUGCCAGCUCCAUGGGUGACGGGCGCGUCCUGGCCAUAGUGGACGCCUACAUCCAGGACCAUCUGCUGGACGUCUCGGAGCAGGACGACUUCCUCAAACUCCCCCGCCUCAAGUUAGAAGUAAUGCUAGAAGACAACCUGGCCCUGCCCAGCAACGGGCGGCUCUACUCCAAGGUGCUGAACUGGGUGCAGCACAGCCUCUGGGAGAACGGAGAGAACCUGGAGCAGAUGAUGGAGGAGGUUCAAACGCUGUACUACUCUGCCGACCACAAGCUGGUGCACGGCGGUCUGGUGAUUGAGGGCCACACUGAGGUGUUUGGUGGCGAGGACGACCGCCUCCAGUUUGUGCAGAAGAAGCCUCCUCGGGAGAGCACCCAGAGGCAGAUGAGCUGCAGCUCCUCGGGAAGCCUGUCCCCUUCCAGCCAGGCCCCCAGCGCCCCCAAGCAGAGCUCCAGGAGGGAGUGGAAGUACAUCGCCUCGGAGAAGACCACCAACAACACCCACCUGUGUCUGGCCGUGCUGGACGGCACGCUGUGCGUGAUCUUCCUCCACGGCCGCAGCAGCCCCCAGACGUCCCCCUCGGCCACGCCCUGCCUGAUGAAGAGCAUGAGCUUCGAGGCGCAGCCGGAGCUGCUGGAGCAGCGGCUGCUGGCCCCCAUGCACUACGCCCGCUCGGGCCUGGGCGCCGCCGCCCUGGGGGGCCGGCUCAUCGCAGCAGGAGGGUACAACCGGGAGGAGUGUCUGCGGACGGUGGAGUGCUACGACCCCCAGCUCGACCGCUGGACCUUCAUCGCCCCCAUGCGCACCCCCAGGGCCCGCUUCCAGAUGGCCGUGCUGAUGGGCCGUCUGUACGUGAUGGGCGGCUCCAACGGCCACUCGGACGAGCUGAGCUGUGGCGAGACGUACGACCCGCUGACUGACGACUGGGCCCAGGUCCCCGAGCUGAGGACCAACCGCUGCAACGCAGGUGUCUGCUCCUUGGACAACCAGCUGUACGUUGUGGGGGGAUCGGACCCCUGCGGCCAGAAGGGCCUGAAGAACUGUGAUGCCUACGACCCCGUCACCAAGGCCUGGACCAACUGCGCGCCCCUCAACACCCGGCGCCACCAGGCGGCGGUGUGCUCGCUGGACGGCUUCGUGUACGUGAUCGGAGGGGCGGAGUCCUGGAACUGCCUGAACACGGUGGAGCGCUACGACCCCCGCAACGACACCUGGACGCUGAUCGCCCCCAUGAACGUGGCCCGCAGGGGGGCCGGAGUGGCCGUCCACGCAGGCAGCCUGUUCGUGGUGGGGGGCUUCGACGGCUCCCACGCCCUGCGCUGCGUGGAGGUGUACGAGCCGGCCCGCGGCGAGUGGCGGAUGCUGGGCAGCAUGACGUCGGCCCGCAGCAACGCCGGCGUGGCGCUGCUCGGCGCGCUGGUCGUCGCCGUCGGUGGCUUCGACGGCAACGACUUCCUGAACAGCAUGGAGCUGUACGACCCCGCCACCGACCGAUGGAGCGAGGACACCGACGCCGCGCCCCCACCGCCCACCGAGGGCCGAGCCACGGCCGCCCCCUCCCCCUGAGGGGCGGGGCCGGCCGGCUCCCCCCCCCCCCCCAAACU